GUUUUUUUAAAUAAGAAAACUCUUAUAUUUGGAUGGAAGUUAGAACACUAAAUACAUAUAAAAUGUCAACAAAACAGCGCAAAGCCGCAACUUUUCACUUAAGAGAACCUCUGUUGUGUAUACUGGGGUAUCGUUGUAAUGUCAGCAGUAGAAGUAGAGGGUACGGCUCCAGCUGUCGAAGCUGAAUCAGUAUCAAUCCCCGCAGAGACAACGUCUGCUCCUGAGUCAUGGACCGAAACAAUCGCAUCUGUGGCCGGUGACGCUCAAAGAAUUGUUAACGACCAGUUCGAGAAGGGCGGUGCUUUAAAUACAGACAACGUCAGCUCCAUUGUCUCUGAGAUGGCAGAAGUACCUGGCGAGCUCUUGAGCUCGUUAUCGACUGGAACUAACGAAGCUUAUGAAGCUGCUUCUACCAGCGCCGGUGAAUUGUUUACUGCGUUGUCGAACGGACUUAGCUCACUCGUAGAUGGAACGUCAUUCACAGAGGCACCGACUACGGACGCGGGACCCGUGAAAGCCCCUCCCGCAUCAACAAGCGAAUAGGUCAGAGGUACUUUCAAUCAACCAUACCACCAUGCAAUACCAAUGUCCGCAAAUAAAAUCCAAACUACUCACGCUAUAUAAAUGUAUGCUGAUCACCGA